ACUGCUAUGGGUCACCUGAAGUGAUUGAAGAUGCUCUUCUGAAGAAGAUAGAAAACUAUCCAAGAAUGACAAACAAAGACAAUCAAAAGCUGAGAGGGUUUGGGGACCUACUCUUAGAAAUAGAAGCCGCUAAGUCUAGUGGAUAUCUGCCAGGUCUCUCAUACUUAGAUACAGCACGUGGAGUUGAUCCCAUAAUCGAGAAACUUCCUUUCAACUUGCAGGAAAGGUGGGUCACUCAAGCAUCAAGAUACAAGAAAGAACAUCGAGUCGCAUUUCCACCAUUUGCCUUCCUUGCUGAAUUCAUCGUAGACCAAGCUGAAACACGCAAUGAUCCAAGCUUUGCUUUCCUGAACAAGAGAACUGCAAGCUCCCCAAAGGUAGAGCAAAAACAUCUAACGCCUUGCAAAGAACGCAGAGCAACAGUUUAUGUACGGAAGACAGAAGUCUCGCCUGAGUCUGCAGUCAAUCAGGAAGACAGCGCAAGUAAGAAAGUUGAGGAGCCAGACAAAAUAUGUCUCAUCCACAACAAGCCUCAUCCACUAAGAAAAUGUCGCAGUUUCAGAAGUAAGACAUUAGAAGAGCGCAAAGCUUACCUUAAAGACAAUCACAUUUGUUUCAGAUGUUGCGCUUCAAUUCAGCAUCUUGCAAAAGACUGUACAAAAACAAUAAAAUGCACAGAGUGCAACAGUGACAAACACCUGUCAGCACUACACCCAGGACCACCGCCAUGGAAACAAGAAGUUCCAGCAACUCAAGAAGAUCAUGGUGGGGAGCAAGGCGAGAGUACAACGCCAGCAGUAACCUCAAAGUGUACUGAGAUCUGUACAGAGCAGGGCCGCCCCAGAUCAUGUUCCAAAAUAUGCUUAGUCAAGGUGUAUCCUGCAGGCUUCAGAGAAAAAGCAAUCAAGAUGUACACAGUCUUGGAUGAACAGAGUAACAGAUCUCUGGCAAAAACAGAGUUCUUUGACCUCUUCGGUGACAAAGGAAGUCCAACUCCAUACACCCUGAAGACUUGUUCUGGAGUUGUAGAGACAACAGGGAGAAGAGCAAACAACUACAUCAUUGAGUCAUUAGGUGGAAAGACAAAGGUGACUCUUCCUACCCUCAUAGAAUGUGAUGAGAUACCAGAUGACAGGUCACAGAUCCCCACACCUGAAGUUGCUCGUCAUCACCCCCAUCUGGUGCGAAUAUCAGACCAGAUACCAGCACUAGAUCCAGAUGCUGCAAUCAUCCUUCUACUUGGGAGAGAUAUCCUCAGAGUGCACAAAGUCAGAGAACAGUACAAUGGGCCACACAAUGCACCAUUUGCACAACGCCUUGAUCUCGGAUGGGUCAUCGUUGGAGAAGUAUGUCUAGACGGACUCCACAAACCAGAAAAGGUAAAUGUCUACAGAACACAUCUGUUACAGAAUGGUCGUACAUCUUGUCUUUGCCCAUGUACCAACAGUCUACACAUUAAAGAGAGACUUGUAAACCCAACACAUCAUCAGAGUAUCCAGAGGUGCAUGGAAGACUUAGCCUCAACUGGAAAUACAGAUGAACUGGGCUGUAAGGUGUUUGAAAGAACACGAGAUGACGACAAGCUAGCACCCUCGGUGGAAGAUACUCUCUUCCUUGAGAUUAUGGACAGAGAAGUCUUCAGAGACAAAUCAGGCAGCUGGGUAGCCCCUCUACCCUUCCGGUCACCACGCCAUCGCCUUCCUGACAACAAGGUACAAGCAGAGAAACGCUUCACCUCGUUGCAGCACAUGCUACAAAGAAAGCCAAAUAUGAAAAAACACUUCCAAGCCUUCAUGCAGAAGAUCUUUGACAACAAUCAAGCUGAAAGGGCACCACCACUACAAGAGAACCAAGAACACUGGUACUUACCAAUAUUUGGGGUGUACCAUCCUCAGAAACCAGGCCAGAUAUGCGUAGUAUUUGACUCUAGUGCGAAGCACAAAGGCAUCUCACUAAAUGAUGUCCUUCUCAGUGGACCUGACCUGAACAACACACUCCUUGGAGUACUCAUCAGGUUCAGAAAAGAACUCAUAGCAGUGACAGCAGACGUACAACAGAUGUUCUACUGUUUCCUUGUUCGUGAAGAUCACAGAGACUACUUAAGGUUCCUGUGGUAUGCAGACAAUGACUUUAACAAAGAAAUCACAGAGUACAGGAUGAAGGUACAUGUGUUUGGAAACAGCCCUUCUCCAGCUGUAGCUAUCUACAACCUGAGACGAGCAGCACAGCAAGGUGAAAGACAUGGUCAAGAAGCCACACAGUUCGUCAUGAAGAACUUCUACGUAGAUGAUGGACUUGCUUCUUUCUCCAGCAACGAAGAAGCUAUCAACGUCCUGAAAAGUACAAGAGAAAUGUUGACAGAAUCCAACAUAAGACUGAACAAGGUAGCUUCCAACAGCAACAGAGUCAUGGAAGCAUUUCCAAUGGAAGACCGUGCUAAAGACCUUAAAGACUUGGAUCUAGGAACAGAAUCACCACCCUUGCAAAGAAGUCUUGGGAUUAGUUGGGACCUGAAGACUGACAGUUUCACCUUCAGGUCUCCAGAGAAGAGAAGCCAUUCACAAAAAGAGGUGUCCUAUCUACAGUCAACAGUCUUUACGACCCCCUGGGGUUCGUAGCACCCAUCAUCAUGCAAGUUUUACCGCGUGUGUUCAUUAUAUCUCAGUAAAGAUUACAUCAGUUAAGCAAACCAGCGUGU